AUGCCUGAAAUCGGUUCAUGUACUGAUAUAACAUGUGAUGAUGGAAUCAAAGCAUUAUAUGAAUGUCAUUGUUGUUUACGUCUUGUUUGUUUACAUCAUUUGAUUCAACAUGUUGAAAUAACAAAACAAAAUAAACAACGAUUAGAUAAUCUUCGUAAUGAAUUAAAUACAGUUAUAACUACAUUUAAAGAAAUUGUUGAAGAAAAACUAUUAAUUAUUGCACGCGAUCAAAACUUGAUUGAACAAGCAAAAAAACUUCUUGAUAUACCUAAUAGUUCAAUUGAUGAACUACAAAAUAUUUUCGAAAAAAUCAAUCAAACAAUAACAUUAAAUCUUUCAGAUGAUAGAUAUUCAAUGCAUAUCAAUCAUGAUGUCAUUGACACUAAUUUAUUUAAAAAUAUUUUUGAUGAAUGUCCAUUAACAUUUGAUGGAGCAUAUGGUCUUACUCAAGCAAAUCAUUCUAUUGAACUUUGUGAGCAUGGAAACAAUCGUCGAAUUGGCUUAUAUUAUCAUUUCAUUUAUAAACAUCAAUUAAAAAAAUUUUAUGCUCAACAUUUAGUAAGAGCUGUUGUCAAUAAUCGAGAUCCUGGGACUACAAAAUUAUUUGAUGAAAAUGAAGAUGUAAUUGACCAUUUUUAUAAAGUGUCAUGUCCCUUUUUUAAUGGACGAAUUAAUUCAACACAAUAUAGUCGACAAAAUGUAGAAAACGUACCAUGUCAACGUCGUUCACUUCCACUUCGUGCAUUGAAAAAGCAUUUACAACUUUACCAUAAGAUUUCUAAACCGUUGGCACAAAAAUUAGUUGACGAUUUCAAAGCAAAUUUGAACAAAAGAUGA